UAAACAGUCCCAUUUUAAAGCUCAGGAAACUGAGGCCCGGAGGAGAAGGAAGCACCUUGCUCACAAGUCCCUUCCUUGUAGUCAGCGUGGGGAAGUAGUCCCACCUCCAGAGCCCCUCCCCACUGCCCCCUGCCCUCUCCAAAGCCACAUGCCAGUCUCUACCCUUUGCCCUCAGGAUGGCCACCCUGCACACAUGGCUCCCCUGCCUUUCUUCCCACCUCCCUGCUUUUGUCUGGUUUCCCAGCGCAUGGAGGGGCUGCUCAGGUCUGCAUGGUGUCCACAUCUCACCUCCUAGCAAAGCUGGGGGCUGGCCCUGCCAUCAGAGAGGGAGAGAGAAAAGAACGAGCGAAGGUUUCAAUGAACCCUGGGUCCCCCAGACAAAUGCCCCUCUGUAUCUCGGUGCCUGUUGUGACUGGCUGUGGGCCAGCUCUCACUGCAGGCGGCUUGAAUGGCCCGGAUUGUUUCCCCACCUCCUGUCCUGUCUGCAGUCCAGCGCCUACCAGGCCCCAGCUUGGGCAGGAAAGGGGAGGGGUGUUCCUUCUGGAAUGGAAGGUGUGGGAGGCAGGCAAGUUUCGGGGAGGGUGAGGGCCACGUCCUGAACCAAACCAGGAGGCAAGAGAGUCACAAGAUGGAAGGAGCAUGAGAGGGAGGGCACCGGGUCCCAGCUGUGCACUUUGCAGGAAAGCAAACUGAAGACCAGGCAGAACGAGUGACUUGCCCAAGGUCACACAGCAGGUGAGUGACAGAGAUCACAAUGACCACAGCUACCCCUUUGGGGGGUACCCCCUUCUUCUCAGUGAACAUGACCACCAGAGAAGAAGACUUUCUGUACAAGAGCUCUGGAGCCAUCGUGGCUGCCAUCGUGGUGGUUGUCGUCAUCAUCUUCACCGUGGUGCUGAUCUUGCUGAAGAUGUACAACAGGAAAAUGAGGAUAAGACGGGAGCUGGAGCCCAAGAGCCCCAGGCCAGCCUCCCCUGCUGCCCUGGGUCGAAACGGCAACAGCAGCCAACACCCUGCAACUGUGACCUUCAGCCCUGUUGACGUCCACGUGGAGACUCGGUGACCCCCACUGGGCACUGUCUUGGCCACUGUCCAAAGAGCCUUCAGUCAAGACCACGGAGCACAUUUCUCCUCUGGCAGCUUCACUCUGAGUUGCUUCUGGUCAGGUCAACGGGGGCCUCUCUUAUGCAAUCCCUGAUGCUUUAGGCAACCCUCAACCCCAUCCUGUACUGCCCCACCCCCAACUGUGUCCAUAUUCCUCCUGCCACCCUUCCCAAAAGCUGUGGAAUAUUCUUUUGCCGUCUGAUGAGGUGAUAGAGCUAUGAUGGGGAUCCACUGAUGUGGGGUUUGGCUGUUCCCCUCCCCCAAGCACAAUAGCUAGACAGACAGACAGGCAGAAGUCAGGGGGUGCUCCUGAGAGAGUCUGCCCUGGGGUCACAUCAGAGGAAGGGCCACAUCCACAGUUUUGCAGAGCAAAUAUUCAAUCCCAUAAUCCAGCACAGGGGAACUAACUUGGAUUAACUAAUCAAAAAACCAAUUUGUUAAUUUAUAACUUGUUCUGGUACUAAAUGACUGCUGUUGAGCUCACGACAAUUGGUCAGCACAUUUUUCCUCUAGGAAAGUUUAUGGGGGAGUUCCCAGGUGGUGCAGUGGGUUAAGGAUCCAGCGUUGUCACUGCUAUGGCACGAGUUCCCUCCCUGGCCCCGGAACUCCCUCAUGCUACAGUGUGGCCAAGAAUAUUUUAAAGAAGAGAGAAAGAAAAAAGAAAAGAGGGAAAAACUGAAUUAUUCUCCAAAGGUGUCUACUUAUUUAGUAGAGUCAGAGUAGAAGCAUAGGGUGGACUUGAGGAUUUCUGGUCUUGAGGCUGAAAGCUUGUUGCAGUGUUUGGGGGCCUGGACUGAGCCUCAGGACGGCUCAGGGCCCCUCCCUCUCCCCUGGAAGGCUGGUUUCACCUUGACUCAGUCUCCUUUCUCGGCUUCCCUCUAUUUGGAUUCUGAGCUAUCCUCCAUCUCCCGUUAUCACCUUACCUCCAAGGUCCAAGUAUUUGGAGGCUGAUUAGAUUACAGCUCUGUUUGUGUUACCUCUGCCCUUCCCAGUCACCUUGCAAAGAUUCAGGAUAUAUUCAAAGUACCACAUUCACACACCAUUUCUCUGGAUGGGACUCAUCUCUUUGACUCCUUCACCUGGAAAACAAUCUAGCGAAAGGGUUGCAAUUAAGAAGAACUGCCGCCCAAGCUCUACUUCCUGGUUGUGUGGCCUUGGAAGUGACUCAGCUCCCCCGUAUUGUUUUCUAAGCAUGAGACAGGAAUAACAUCUGCCCCACUGGGUGACUGUAACAAGUCAAGGACUUAGCAAAGCUGCUUGAAUAGUGCCUGGCACCCAGUAGAUGCUUUAUAAAUGGGAGCCAACAUUAUUAUUAUAAAUUUCUUCUAUUGCAAGAUAUACACUUGUUCCCAUUUUAAUGAUUCUGAAAUCAGAAUAUAUCUUAAAAUAGAUGGGUCCAUUAAUGAGAUUGUAUUUUUUUUUCUCUCUCAAAACGCUGAUUUGGAGUUCCUGUUGUGGUGCAGUGGUUAACAAAUCGACUAGGAACCAUGAGGUUGCAUGUUCAAUCCCUGGUCUUGCUCAAUGGAUUAAGGAUCUGGUGUUGCUGUGAGCUGUGGUGUGGUUUGCAGACACAGCUCAGAUCCUGCAUUGCUGUGGCUCUGGUGUAAGCUGGCAGCUACGGCUCCGAUUAGACCCCUAGCCUGGGAACCUCCAUAUGCUGCGGGAGCGGCUCAAGAAAAGGCAAAAAGACAAAAAACAAACAAACAAACAAAAAAACCGCUGAUUUUUAAACAAUUGUGCAUUUUAUGAUUGAAGUCACCUUGGGAACAAGGCAAUAAAUCUGUAUUCUAUUAUAGAAAGUGACGCAUUCUUGGAGUUCCCGUUGUGGCUCAGUGGUAAUGAACCCGACUGAUAUCCAUGAGGAUGUGGGUUUGAUCUCUGGCUUCACUCUGUGGGUUAAGGAUCCAGCGUUGUUGUGAGCUGUGGUGUAAGUCACAGAUGCAGCUCAGAUCUGGCAUGGCUGUGGCUGUGGCAUAGGCUGGCAGCUACAGCUCAGAUUAGACCCCUAGCCUGGGAAUUUCUAUAUGCCAAGGGUGUAGCCCUAAAAAGAAAAGAAAGAAAGAAAAUUACACAUUCUUAUCAUUUAAUUGUAAAUUCUAGGAACUGUAAAUUCCUUCUUGGGGUAAGAAAUCCCUUUUGAGAAAGUUGAAGGUCAGGAGAUAAGGAGGCUGACCCAGGGUCACACGGCUCACGUCAUCUCACUUAAAAAAAAAAAAAAAAAAAAGCUUACCUGAAUAGGUCUGGAGAAAUACUGACAAACUGUUUUUCCCCAGACAUCUCUUCUCCCUCCUCUGUUGAACUAUCCACCAGACACUUUGCAAGCUGCUUUCCCAUGAGUUAUCUCAUGGGAUUUAUUUUUCCUGAUAACCCUGGGAGGUUUUUUUUUUCCCCAUUUGCCAAGAAUUUUAAACCCAAAGAGAGAAAGCACUUGCCCAAAGUCUCCCAGCUAGUAAGUUGCAAAGACAAGACUCAAAUCCAGGUCUCUUUGAUUCAAAAGUCUUAUAUUCUUAUUAUACAUUUAAAUGCUUAUUGCAGUGCCCUCUUCCCUAACCUCCUGGCUCAAAGGAAACAGAUUCUUUUGCGAGCUGAACCAGAGGAAGACAGGCUUAUCCCUGGGUCUGCGUGAGGUCAGGGGUGUAGUGUCCACACUGGAAGUGGGGCAAAGCCACUUUGGUAGCCUCCCUUGUGCUUCCAUGGUUGUAGCCAAAGGGUCUCUUUUCUAAAUCCAUUCAAGCGCUAAGGAUUCCUGCUUCAUUCCCUUACCACUUAGGUCCAAGGAGCAAGGGGACAAAGCCAUUGAAGGACUUAAGCCCCAAAUACAGAUGUUUCCCAAAUGUAUUCUGCUAAAAAAAAAAAAAAAAAAAAUUGAGGUUGUUUGGAAUGUUCUAG